AUGUACAGCUCAACUCCAGAUGAAUUAAUUGAUUCAUACAAUGAGUUCUGUUUCAAGAAUCCGUCUUUAAAUUUGAAACAAUUUAUACCAAAGCCCUGUAAAGAACAUGAAACGGAAACAGAACAAGAAUUGCAAGUUGAAACUGAUCUCCAAACGCACAAUCCAAAUGAUAUUGAUGAAGAAUGUAAUUAUUUCAAUCCAGAAACAGGAAAAGAAGAUGAUCAAGAUGAAGAAAAUCAAGAAACUGAUAAUAUGGAAGAUGAACCAGUUUUAGAACAUACAUUUAGCAUUAGAACUGUAGAUGAAGCUGUUUCAAUUCAUGAAAGUAUUGAAACAACACCUAAAAAGGAAAGAAAAGGGUUUAAAUUAUUAUCAAAACAAGAAAUUGAAUUAAUUGAUUCAAAAUUUGAUUACAAUACUGUACAAAGAAAGCUCACUCAAAUGAAAAAAAAUGGUGUUACACUUGAAAAACAAGAUAACCCAUUGUAUAAGCUAAGAAAUCAUGACGUAUUUAAGAAUUCAACAGUUGACUUUAUGCAUGUGUUUGUUCAAGGUGAAUUAAGAAGACAUUUGACUGCAUUAAUAGAAUAUUUUUCAUACCCAAGAUUAUUUUCUGAUUUUCAGGAUAUUAUAGAUGAGUUUUAUUUAAGUUCUGGAGAAUCAAUUAGAAUGAGAGCAUCAAAUUAUUUGAAUUGUUCAGCUGACGAAUUUUUAGAAUUUGGUUUUUAUAGUAUUCCAAUAAUUUACAAGUUAAUUUAUUCAAAUAAGGAAUUGAAACAUAUUUCACAAGAAAAAAGAACUAGACAUGUUGUUUGUUGGGUAGAACAUAUUGCAUGGACGAGUAUGUUAUUAAGAAAUGAGGUAACAAUUCUUUCUAUUGAAAAAUCCAAAUCUAUUUUCCUCCAAUUCAGAGAACAUUAUGUUGAAUUAUAUCCAAACAAAUGUCAUAAUGUUAAUUUCCAUUGGGUAACUCAUUUAUUUGAAGAUUGUCAAGAAUGGGGAAGUCCUAGAUACUUUUGGGCUUUAUUAUUCGAAUUGAAACACAAACUUUUUAAAAAGUUUAAUGAUGGAUCGAAUCAUAAGGAUGUUGAAAAGCGGGGUGCAGCAUUUGAAAAGUUACAUGUCAGUCUUAAUGCUAAAUAUCCUUGGUUACGAAAGAAAUCAAAACAAUGGUUUAAAGCAAUUGCUCCAAAUCAAUACUUAAUGUUUAAACAAGAAGGAAAAUUAUACAUAGGAUGUAUUCAAUCACAUACAAAAGAUACAGUUAAAUUUGGAAAAGUGUGGAUUGUUACAAAUGAUUAUCACCAAGUAUGUCAAUUCAGAAAAUUGAAUAGAGUGAAAUCUUCCAAUUUAAACGUUGAUUGGAAAGAUAUCAAUGCUAGAUGCCAAGUUGUUUACAUUGAUUCCAAGUUUUACUUGAAUCAAUUUAUGUUAAUCAUGAAUUAUUAUAAAUUUUAA